AUGGGUAUUGCCGCAAUUGUUGUGUUGGGACUUGUCUAUUUUGGAGCGGUAGGCUAUGGGCUACCAGCCAACUCGUCGUGCGAUAGUAUCAAUGCUGGAUACUAUUGUCAACCCGAGAUCUCACAUUUCUGGGGUCAAUACUCGCCUUAUUUUUCAGUUCCCUCAGAGAUUAGUGCUUCUGUCCCUGAUCAAUGUGAAAUAUCAUUUGCUCAGAUCUUGUCCCGCCACGGAGCACGGGAUCCUACAGCUGGCAAGACAGUAAAAUAUAUGGCUCUCAUAGACAAGAUCCAUAACACCACGACUUCCUAUGCAGUCGAUUAUACUUUCAUAAAAAACUACGAGUAUUCUUUAGGAUCUGAUCAGCUUAGCGUAUUUGGACAACAGGAAUUGAUCAACUCUGGUAUCAAGUACUAUAAUCGGUACAAGUCCCUAGCAUCAUCAAUUACUCCAUUUGUUCGUUCUUCGGGACAAGACCGCGUUGUCGAGUCUGCCCAAAACUGGACCCAAGGGUUCCACUCUGCUCGUUUGUUGGACUCAUCAUCUACGGCCAAUGCUAGCUACCCAUUCAACAUCGUCAUUAUUAGUGAAGAUAAAGGAAGCAACAACACUCUUGACCAUGGUCUCUGUACCACCUUUGAGGACGGCCCUGACUCCACCAUUGGAAACUCUGCCCAAGCUACAUGGGCGUCAAUCUUCACCCCAAACAUCACCUCUCGUCUAAACUCUAACCUCCCUGGCGCCAACCUCACCAUGGCUGACACCAUCGAAUUUAUGGAUCUUUGUCCCUUCAAUACUGUCGCCUCUCCCACCGGCAUUAUCUCUCCAUUUUGCAAUAUCUUCAGCGCUGCCGAAUGGAAAGCUUACGACUACUACCAAUCCCUUGGUAAAUACUAUGGAUUUUCUUGGGGUAAUCCAUUAGGUCCUACACAAGGUGUAGGUUUUACCAACGAGCUCAUUGCACGCCUCACAAACAGUCCCGUCCAAGACCAUACCUCCACAAACCACACCUUGGAUGACAAUCCGGCCACGUUCCCAGUUGACAGGCCCAUCAAACUAUAUGCAGAUUUCAGCCACGACAAUGACAUGACUGCUAUAUUCUCCGCUCUUGGUCUGUAUAACUCCACAAGCGCAUUAUCCAAAACCAGAAGAGAAGAUGCGUUGCAAACGAGUGGCUAUUCAGCCAGUUGGUCGGUACCAUUUGCAGCGAGGAUGUAUGUGGAGAAGAUGACCUGUGCGGGUGAGAGUGAGGAGUUGGUUAGAGUUAUUGUUAAUGACCGCGUGCUACAAUUAAAGACAUGUGGUGGUGAUGAAUUGGGCAGAUGUGGAUUGUCAAAGUUUGUAGAGAGUUUGAGCUUUGCUAGUGAAGGGGGUGACUGGGGAAGCUGCUUUACUUCCUGA